AUGAAUAAAUACAUCCUUUUAGCUCUUCCACUUGCCAAAGCUUCAGUAGUAUUCUCAGCCCCAGCACCCUAUAAUGAAAACAUUCGUGGGACUUACGAAAAUAAAAUCCGCCAAAACGCAAACCCAGAAAAAGUCUUCGAAACUUUCGCAUCAAUUAAAGAAAGAAAAAAUUACUAUAUGUCGGUUGCAGAUUUCUUUAAAGCCAUAACUCCUUACAACUAUUCUUCAUGCGUGAAUCAGAAUUUUUUCGAUUCUCAUGAGAGUUUAGUGUUUAAAAUCGCUGAUGCCAAUGGAGAUGGGAAAUUAAGCUUUUCAGAAUAUUUCUUUUUUAUAGUUUUGUUGAGCACAGGGGCUAAAUGGUUUAAAGAAAUGUUUAAGUCAUAUGGAGGAACUGUAACCAGAGAGCAAUUUAUUGAAAUAAUGAAAGAAGCAAAAAAGAGAUCUCCACAAGGGAAACAUAUGGUCAAUACUAAAGGCCAUCUGGAUCCGAGGAGCUCAAAUGUGACGGACGAGCAGUUUAGAGAGUCCUGCUUAACUUUAUCAGAACUCUUCUUCAAAAAUGAUAAAAUUAAAAAAAACUAUUAAACUUUAAGCUAAAAAAAUCCUUAUUAAUAGCAUGCAUUAUUUAGCAUAAAAUAGAAUACUCUUUAAAUAAAUCUAAUUUUUUAUUAAAUCAAGCAGUAUAUUUCUAUAAAAUUAUUUUUGAAUCAAAAUUAUUUUUACAACCCAUGAUAAAAAUCUGAUUUCUUGGAGAGAAUUUAUGAAUCUAAAAAAUCUCAUAAUGGAAGAACUCCUUUAUUAUGAAUUCCAUGCUUUUGAAGUUGACGAAGAUAUGAGCAUUUCUUCAGAAGAUUUCGCAAAAAGUAUCAUUUCUUAUAUGCCUGUCUCCAAAGCUGCUGAAUAUUUAAGAAGACUAGAGACCUUAAAACUAAAAGGAAGGGUUAAAUAUUCCGAAUACAUGGCAUUUAUGAUUAUUCUUCAACAAAGCAAAAGACUGGAAAACGCUUUGUUAUUUAAACGAACUGAACAUGGUAGAGCAUUAAGCAGAAAAGACAUUAAAAAAGUCUUAGCCAAGCUAUGCAAAGACUCAAAAUUCUGCAGAAAUAAUGGACUUAGUAUUAGUGAUAUUCAGAUAAAGGUGUUUGUGGAGCUACUGGAUCUAGAUGAUAGUGGGUUUUUAGAGCCUGAAGAAUUUUUUAAUGUACUGGUAAGCCGAGAUUCGUUUGGAACAGCUCAAGCUUCAAAGCCAGAUAUUGAUCUUAUGGCUGAAAAGUCAAAAGAAGCGGUAAACUUUGUUUUGAAAUAUUUCGGAUUUAAACCAUAUUUCGCAGAAAAAAGUUCGCAAGAAAAAAUUACUAAUAAGCUUAAUACACUUGAGCACUAA